GUUCAGUGCCUGCAUUCCUCUCUUCGUCAAAGCCUGCUUUAAAGAAAGAAAAAAAAUCAUAAAUAAUAACUCAUGCGGACUGGACUAAACCAUAAAGAGAGUCGACUGGAUUUAUGACAGAACUCGUGUCCAACGGAAAUAUAUGCGCAGGAGAAUUUGUUAACCUUUUUUGAUUAUUUUCGUUUUUAUUUUGUAUAAACAGAAAGCAAGCGAAAGGAGGUUGAAAAAUAAACAUAAACGGCGCUUUUUCCCCAUUUAAAAAGAAAACAAAAUGGCUGAUGACAGCAACCGAUAACAAGGGCAAAACGACGCUGUCCCCUUUAAGAGCAAAAAAAGGUACCAAUUAUUUUUUAUACAAGUUAAACAUCAAAAUUGGACACUUCAUUUCCUGGCUAUUGUUUGUAACUCUACUGUCGGUUAAUCAUAGGUUAAUCAUAAUAGAGAGGAAUGGUGGUAAAAAUUGUAAAUCACUGUCUCCUGGAGAAUUAUUUCGCGUAGUUAAAUUAAGACAGAUAGGUAAUUGUGGCAGCUAGGUGAGGUGCGAACUAGCUGCCAGACCGGAGCCGAAGGGGGCCGAACAGAGGAAAAGAACGUAGCUUAUCUGUGCCGUUAAUAGGUUUUCUUGAUCACAGUAUCAGGAACUGUGUUCAUUUACUUAUAGCCUACACAUUAUCUGGCGAGCUAGCGUCAUUAAAAGCAGCGUUUAACCAGGUCCAUUUCCUUUUAUGCUGGGGGAAAUUAAAAUGUCGAGAAAUUAAUAGAUAAUGCAGUAUGUAAUAGACUAUCGACUUACGAUGAAUAUAUUCUAAAUGUUUAUUUUUUGAAAUCAAAUACUUUUUAUAAAAAUCAUCUUACCUAACAAUAAGUAAAGAAAUGGCAGGGGCCUUGUGUAUAGAUCGAUUUUUUAUGUGAUCGGAUAUUUUAAUAGCUAGGUUACGUUGUUUUAAAACAUAGCUGUACUGUUGCUAGUUAUUGCUGGGAAUCGAGCCCGACUGAUGCUGCUACGUGAUACAUGAUUUAAGGGCUAAGGGUAGUUUUCUAAGGUCAUACGUUUCCGAUUAUACGUUUAAAAAAGACCUGUUUUUGUUUUGUUUUUUGUUAGAUAAAAGGCGGUCGCAGGCGUAUUCACAUUUACAGAGAUUAACUUCAAAAUAGGCCCACCUAUUAAAAGUAAAAUCAACUGACUACAAAUAACUAUGCAUUAUGUUACAAUGUUGCCGGUUUACUUCACAGCAUUGUUGUAAAUAAGAAUGACAGGGAUCAUUGAUACAUAGUUACGCGCUGAGCCAGGGAAAAUGUGGGGGUUGGUGUCAUCAGCAUUCAUGUAGCUACGGUUAAUUCCUAUUCGUUUGCGCCGAACGUAAUUGUUGCAUCGUAAUGAGCUAAUUCUAGAUUAUUCUGAAUUCCAUAGCUGUUCCAUCGACAAAGAUUUUAGAUUUACUUUGAUGUUGUUGGUUCUGAACGAGGUGUCGACAUCCUGGGAAACCUAUCGCUCGGGAAAAGGGAGGUAACUAGCUGGCAAGCUACGUCCUUUUUCCGAAAUCGGAUCUCGAAAUUUGGAAUGUUUGUCGUUUUCAUCAAAGACUUAAUCUGUACGGAUUUUAAAACCAACGAGUAUUUUUGUCUGCUCCUUUUCAUCAGUAAUUGUGCCUUUGCUAGCACAAAUGUAGCUUAAAAAGCUGCUUGGAUGCCUGCGCUGCAUUGUACUUCGUCACAGUUGGGGAUUCAUUGGAGAAAAAUUUAGUAGCCUUGCAAAAACGUUUGAUCCGGGCUCAAGAGCUACGUCUCUCGUGAGUGUACAGUACGCUAGGGUGAAAGUCUCGUUUAUUAAAGCACAUAAAUUAAUAUUAGACACCACACCGAAGUCUGCUGGCUUUGUUUUCUGCUCUGGAAUUCGAUUCCUCCGACCUCAAGAGUGGAAGAAGCGCCCCCGUGGCUUCAUGAGGAAUUCUUAUCAGCCUUCCUAAAUGGACUUCCGAGGAUUUUACUGGUAGCUAGCUAGCUAGAUAAUUCCUAAAUAAUAAACACACGACAGAUUACUUCAGUUGGACUAUAACCCGUCCUGUCACGACUGUCGAUUCAUGUAAAACUGGAACUUUAAAUAGGCUAACGACAGUCAAAAGGCGUAAUUUUUUUCUUAAUUUCUUUUCUCUAAAGGAAAUCCUGUCAGCUAGCCAAUUAAUGCGAAAAUUAGCCGGAAGUUUCUCAGAAGAGUUGAGAUGGCUGAAAACUGGAAAAAUUGCUUCGAGGAGGAGCUCAUUUGCCCCAUAUGUUUGCACGUAUUCACUGAACCGAUACAGCUGCCUUGCAAACACAACUUUUGCCGCGGAUGUAUCAGCGAGGCCUGGUCGAAAGAUACGGGUAUGGUGCGUUGCCCGGAGUGCAACCACGCCUACAACCAGAAACCAAGCUUGGAAAAGAACCAUAAAUUAUCAAACAUCGUAGAAAAAUUUAACGCACUGAAUGUGGACAAGCCACCUGCAAUAUUACAAUGUAUCCUCUGUCGGCGAGGGCCACCGCUCCCGGCGCAGAAAGUUUGUCUCCGCUGCAAUGCACCAUGCUGCCAGUCCCACGUUCAGACACACCUUCAGCAACCUUCCGCCAAUCCGGGUCACUUGCUAGUCGAGGCCGAGGAUGUACGGGCCUGGAGCUGUCCUCAGCACGAUGAAUAUAGACUGUAUCAUUGUGAAGCGGAGCAAGUGGCCGUCUGCCAGUACUGCUGCUUCUCCAGAUGCACUGCCAGCCACGGCCAUGCCGUUUGCGACGUGGAGGUCCGGCGCAACGAUAUCAGAAAAAUGCUGAUGAAGCAGCAGGACCAGAUUGAGGAGCGGGUGCAGGACAUCGAGGAGCAGCUCUACAAGCUGGAGUCAGACAAGUGUCUCGUUGAGGACAAGGUGCAGCAGCUGAAGGAGGAGGUCCGGAUGCAGUACCAGAAGGUCCACCAGCUCCUGGAGGAGGACCUGGGGCGGACGCUGGAGGUCCUGGACAAGGCCCGGUCCAAGUUCUGCCAGGAGAACUCGGCCCAGGCCCUGCAGCUCAACGAGCGGCGCCAGGAGGCCAAGAAGCUCCUCAGCUCGGUCCAGGUGGUGUUCGACAAGGCCGCGGACAUCAACUUCAUGAAGAACACGAAGUCAGUGAAGAUAUUAAUGGACAGGUCACAGUCGUGCGUCGGCAACACCCUUCCUCCGCACAAAGUGGGUCACCUCAACUCCAAACUCUUCCUGUCUGAGAUCUCCAAGAGGGAGAAGAACCUGCGGAAAAUGCUGGAAGCUCCGUUCAGCGCUCCCGCUCAGUUCCUCCAGAGCGUUCCGGCGUAUUCCUGCAGCCUGGGCGGCUCGGGGGCGGAGAAGCGCAAGCACUCGACCGCCUUCCCGGACGGCGGCGCCGGCUUCCUGGAGCCCUCCUCCGGGGGCGGGGCCAAGCAGCAGUACCUGGGCCAGGGGGCGGCGCCGGGGGAGGGCCAGUCCUCCCAGCCGGUGGCCCCCUGCGGCUCGGCCCAGCACAUGGUGGGCGCGCAGGCGGCCCCCCACCCGGGGCCCGUGUUCCCCCCGCCCUCGCACUACCCCAACGGCGGCUCCUCGCAGCAGCCGGUGCUUCCGCAGUACGGCGGGCGCAAGAUCCUCAUGUGCACCGUGGACAACUGCUACUGCUCCGGCGUGCCCUCCGUGUCCAACCACCGGGCCCACCCGCCGUACCCCCGCUCGGGCUCCUUCCCCUGGACGGUGAGCUCGCAGGAGUACUCGCACCCCCUGCCCUCGGCCCCCUCCAUGCCCCAGUCCCUCCAGGGCCUCUCCAUGCGGGACUGGAUGGACUCACAGACGCACAGGCACCCCGACUUCUACGGGCUCUACGGCCAAUCUUCCGCCAAGCACUACGUCACCAGUUAACCUUCCGGAUUUCCGUGGAUCGCCGGGAAAGCGUGACGCGUACGGAUUUCUUAUGUUUUCCGAAGUUCGUUUGGAGUUAUGCUGAUAGAAGGGGCGCAUUCUCACACACAUAUAUGCACAGGGCGGGAAAUUAACAUUAGCCAAAUGCUGGUAAAUUUUAUCUGUGGCUGGAUGCUUUGUCUACACUGCCAGCCACUUUGGCAGGUAACCACCCUUCACUUGGAAAUCCUGUUCUAUUCUAAAAAUCGGUAAAACAGUGAAAUUGGCUGAUGAAUUUUGGGAUGCACCAGAUACUGUAGCCAGAUCACGAAAAAGAAGUUGGUUUCCUGCCCUGCAUACACACAAACGCAUACACGUGCGCACGCGCACGCACACACACACACACACACACACACACACACUCACAGUGGGUUGUCAGUAUAACGUGUGGACGUAUAUGUUUGUGUAUAUAUUUGUGUGUGUGUGUAUGCGUGUGCGUGUGUGUGUCUUUAUGAGUGAGGUCAAUCCCUCUCUUGUUUUCCCUCCCAGUUCUUCCAUCACUUAACUUUUAAUCUUCUUAACAACUCACUCCACACACCACCCCCAAAUUUUUAGAUUUUUUUUUUUUUUUGAAAGGGAAGGCAUUUUUUAAUCCUUGCUCUUUUCAUUAUUUUAAAAUGAAACGUAGGAGAGGGAGGAUUUUGGAACUGUUGCAGAUUCUGUCGACCCACAGAAGGUUGUUUCGUUUGGGAAACGGGGGUUUGUUUCAUUUCCCUCCUCACCCUCCCUGCCCCCUUUUCCGCGGGAUGGUGAGUGGGGGUGGUCGCCCUUUGUUUAAAUGAAGCAGCUUUUUUCUCUUCCUCCCCCAAGUUGGGACGGUUUUAAGAUUCAGGAUCAACGCAGUGUCUCGCGCGUCACGAGUCUGGAUCCAGUGAUUAUUAUUAUUUUUUCUUUUAAAAGUUGCGGGUUCUUCAUCUUCUCUGUGAUAUGUUUAGGGAUGUUGUUGCUUGAAAACUUCCCUGCAGGGUUUUUUUUUUUUUUUUUUUUUGGCCACAGGCAUCCUCCUGUUGGUGGGUGGUCUGGCUCAAUGCAGUCAGGGAGUUGGGCUUUCUAGACUUCAGCCAGUUAACCAAUGUGGCCCCACCCAGCAGGACAGAGAAUCUGCCAGUAGCCCUGGAGAAAAUGCUGCUGGUUCUUUUUCUGAAGCCAUUUGUUUUAUUUUCCUAUGAUUGAGAAGAUGGGGGGCACUCUUUUUUUCUUUUGUUUUGCAAAGUAAAUGCCGUGAAGAGAAUCCUAACACUGUGGAUUGAAAAUCUUCAAAGGUUUAUGAUUUCUCAUGAAGGCUUCUGAGUAUAAACAAAAGACUGGAUUGUGGCUUAAACAGUCUGCAUUGAAUGCACAGAGGCCUCCUCCUCAUGGACAACAGACAGAAUAAUAAAAUAAAAACUGCUUCUGCAUCUGAGAUGGAUGCUUUCAUUGUACUUCCUGCAGAUUGAUGUCACUUCCUGCACCAAGCACAUGAGCUCUCAACUUCCUGUUUGUAGCUGUAAGCAUGUGGGAAAGAGUUUAUGAGCACUCAAAACUGCAAGCGGUUGAAAUGGGGGUGUAUGUAAGGGUGGGGUUGGGUGGGGGGUGGUGGAUGUUGGCAAUGGGUGAAGCUUUUUCAUUCAUUUUAUAUGAAAAAUAGACUUGGACUGCUAAAACUUGUGUUAAAAAUGGUCAAUGUGCUUAAAAAAGCAAGUAUUAAAAAAGCUGGUUGACAAAAAUGUAUACAAGAUCUUUUUGUAAAUAUUUUGUGAAACAAAAUUUAAGGACAUGUAAUUUGGGAAAAUAAGAAAAAAAUGUUCCAAAUAAAUUGUGGUUUCAAAUAAAUGGUAAAAUAAUCA